GUGGGGAAGGACAUUGCCUUUCCAGCUAGUCCCUUCAUCUCCUGUAAUAAAUGCCGCUGAAGGGGCACUUCCUUCUUGAUGCUCACAAAGGACUUGGUUUUGAACGGCACCCUCACCAAAGCUAUUUCUCAUCAUGCCAAACCAGCAGAAGAAAGUCAUCUUUUGCAUGGCUGGUGUGUUGAGCUUCCUCUGUGCUCUUGGAGUAGUAACAGCAGUGGGGACACCACUGUGGAUUAAAGCCACAAUCCUCUGCAAAACAGGGGCUCUGCUUGUCAAUGCCUCAGGGGAAGAGCUGAGCAAGUUCAUGGGCGAGAUGCAAUAUGGGCUUUUCCACGGAGAAGGCAUAAGGCAAUGUGGAUUAGGAGCAAGGCCUUUCCGGUUCUCAUGUAAAAGGCUCAAGGACAGAUUUACUCUCUAUGAGGACAAGGUAGAGAAAUCAGUCUUCCCAGAUUUGCUCCAAGCCAUCCCAGUGAGCAUCCAUGUCAAUAUCAUUCUAUUCUCCAUGAUUCUUGUCGUCUUAACCAUGGUGGGGACAGCCUUCUUCAUGUACAAUGCUUUUGGCAAGCCCUUUGAAACUCUACAUGGCCCACUAGGGCUCUAUCUCGUGAGCUUCAUUUCAGGCUCCUGUGGCUGUCUCGUCAUGAUAUUGUUUGCCUCUGAAGUGAAAAUCCACCACCUCUCAGAGAAAAUUGCAAAUUUUAAAGAAGGGACCUAUGCCUACAAAACGCAAAAUGAAAACUAUACCACCUCUUUCUGGGUUGUUUUCAUUUGCUUUUUUGUUCAUUUUUUGAAUGGACUCUUGAUACGACUUGCUGGGUUUCAGUUCCCUUUUGCAAAAUCUAAAGAUACAGAGACUACUAAUGUGGCUGCAGACUUAAUGUACUGAAAAGCAAAUAUCUCCAUAAUUUCUCAAUAAGGGAAUUGAUGUGCUUUGGCCACAUUUAGAUAUGCUUAAUUUCAUCAGUGUGUUUAGA